CCUGCAACAGCCUCUGAUAGUGUUGGAACAGGCCUGCAACAGUCUCUGAUAGUGUUGGAACAGCCUCUGAUAGUGUUGGAACAGUCUCUGAUAGUGUUGGAACAGUCUCUGAUAGUGUUGGAACAGCCUUGAUAGUGUUGGAACAGCUCUGAUAGUGUUGGAACAGCCUCUGAUAGUGUUGGAACAGUCUCUGAUAGUGUUGGAACAGCCUCUGAUAGUGUUGGAACAGUCUUGAUAGUGUGGAACAGCCUCUGAUAGUGUUGGAACAGUCUCUGAUAGUGUUGGAACAGUCUCUGAUAGGUUGGUUUAUGGAGCAGCCUAUGAUAGUGUUGGAACAGCCUCUGAUAGUGUUGGAAACAGUCUCUGAUAGUGUUGGAACAGUCUCUGAUAGUGUUGGAACAGUCUCUGAUAGUGUUGGAACAGCCUCUGAUAGUGUUGGAACAGUCUCUGAUAGUGUUGGAACAGUCUCUGAUAGUGUUGGAACAGCCUCUGAUAGUGUUGGAACAGCCUCUGAUAGUGUUGGAACAGCCUCUGAUAGUGUUGGAACAGUCUCUGAUAGUGUUGGAACAGCCUCUGAUAGUGUUGGAACAGUCUCUGAUAGUGUUGGAACAGCCUCUGAUAGUGUUGGAACAGCCUCUGAUAGUGUUGGAACAGCCUCUGAUAGUGUUGGAACAGUCUCUGAUAGUGUUGGAACAGCCUCUGAUAGUGUUGGAACAGUCUCUGAUAGUGUUGGGAACAGUCCUCUGAUAGUGUUGGAACAGUCCUCUGAUAGUGUUGGAAACAGCCUCUGAUAGUGUUGGAACAGCCUCUGAUAGUGUUGGAACAGUCUCUGAUAGUGUUGGAACAGUCUCUGAUAGUGUUGGAACAGUCUCUGAUAGUGUUGGAACAGCCUCUGAUAGUGUUGGAACAGCCUCUGAUAGUGUUGGAACAGCCUCUGAUAGUGUUGGAACAGUCUCUGAUAGUGUUGGAACAGUCUCUGAUAGUGUUGGAACAGUCUCUGAUAGUGUUGGAACAGCCUCUGAUAGUGUUGGAACAGGCC